CCCGGAUUUUAUUUGGAGACAGCUCCUAAAUAUUGACCACGCCAAUAAUCCACACGCGACUUUCCAUUCUUCCAUCUACAUUCCCUUUCUACAUCCUGAUCAACCACAGAGAGGGAGAUUUUGUCGUUUCGCUUUUGUCUAUACUUUGACCGUCACCUAAUUUUCGCAAUGUCUUCUCCUCGAGCUGCUUCUCCCGCCAACUCGCCGGCCGCUACUGGUGCCAGCACCGGCCGACCUUCAUCCCCUGCACCCCCUGGAGGCGCACGAACUGCCAUCCGACGAAGAGCUGCUGCCGACCAGAAAGAGAAGAUCGCAAAUGCGCGGCCGAGUAGUACCCGUGCCGCGGGUGCGGGUGGUAGCAGCAGCACGAUGCUGAGACUCUACACCGACGAAUCUCCUGGUCUGAAGGUCGACCCCGUUGUUGUUCUUGUUCUCUCACUAGUCUUCAUCUUCAGUGUUGUCGCUUUGCACGUUAUUGCAAAGAUCACUCGACGAUUCUCAAGCUAAAAUGGUGAUGGCGAUGGCGGAUGAUGGACGGUGGUUGAAUAUAUUAAUAUGGAUGCUGUGUGAUCGUCGAAUAGGGCGCGGCACCGAAUAGCUGCGACUUUCGACUGGACAUGGAGCAGGCAAUCGAUGGAAACAGAUGAAUCCGAACGUCAGCAACGAUGUUAACCCAACUUUACCUACCAGUCCAGAAUCAUGACACAGUUUCUGGCGAGCUGGCCUUUGUACUAUAUCAAAACUUGGCAGGCUCACGCAAAAGAUUUCCUUUGCCUCUACCGAAAUGACAUUAGACAAGCGAUCUAUGCAAUUUUGAGAUUUUCAGAAACAAGUAUUGCCUUCUAACAAAUAUGGUCUUAUUUUGAGCUAUUCCCGUGAAAAUUGUUUAUCUUGCUCAUAAUUUUUCCCUACUAAUACGUCAAU